AGCACUGUGCCUCCAUCAUAGGAUAUAUUCUCCUUCUUCCGUCGUCGUCUUCUGUCCGUUUACGCAACAGAGGGCUGUGUUCGAGGUACCAAUCGUCCUCCAAGUUUCGACAAGUUUGAAAGUGGUGUAAAUCAAGAAAAUAUGCUGCGACUUGUGGCUGGUCGUGUUUGCGCGACUAUGAAGACGGCUGCCGUAUCCAGGACGGCAGCUGUCGGAGCACAGACUUCGAGAAACAUGAGCCAUGGUCAUGAGGAGACCGACGAGGAGUUCGACGCUAGAUACCUCAAUUUCUUUAAUCGCAACGAUAUUGAUCACUGGGAAAUUCGUAAGGCAAUGAACGAUUUAGCUGGUGUUGAUACUGUGCCCGAGCCCAAAAUUAUCAUUGCCGCAUUAAAAGCUUGCAGACGGUUGAACGACUUUGCUCUAACAAUUAGGUUCUUGGAAUCUUUGAAAGAAAAGUGUGGUAACAAAGUUAAUGUAAUCUAUCCCUAUAUUCUACAAGAAAUUAAACCUACCUUGGACGAAUUGGGUAUUAACACUCCUGAAGAAUUGGGAUACGAUAAACCAGAGUUGGCUCUCCAGUCUGUGUAUGAUAUUCACUAAAUUAUGAUUCAUAGGUUCCAGAACUAGUCCCAAUACAUAGAAGGUGCCUCCACUAUGGCUAAUCAUUUCAAUAUAGUUUAAUUAUUUGUAAAUUCAGUGUACUAUGAAUGUACCCAUUGUCAACAUCUAUAAAAUAAAUAAAAGAUUAAAGAUUCUGUUAUCGGUA